AUGCACAUUGUUCCUCUCCUCACUAUUCUGUGUCCUCUUGUCAGAUGCGGAAACUAUGUGCACAUUCCGCCUAACUGGCUGUGCUACGUGGCUCCAGAGAUCAUGCGUGCUCUAAACAUCGGUAAUCCGGCCAACGAAUUGCCCUUCACACCAGAGAGCGAUGUCUUUGCUUUCGGAACGGUGUGGUACGAACUUCUCACUUGUGAGUAUCCCUUCCGUGGCUUACCGACAGAAACGCUUGUCUACCUCGUGGGCACUGGAAUAAAGCCUCCUCUCAAGCUGCAAUGCCCUCGGGACUUCAAACUUACAUUGGUGCGUUUCGAUAAUAUCUUCAACAUGGCUAUCAUUUGCAUUGAACUGGACACUGCCGUUAAUUUGCUCCUAUUUGUUAUUCCAUGGCAUUUCCUGCAGGAGGUGAUGCGCCAGUGUUGGUCCUACCACCCGCAGGACAGGCCGGAGUUCACUGCUCUGGUGAAGCAGCUAGACCGCUUGCCGAAGCUGCAUCGCAGCCCAUCCUAUCCCACGAAACCGCAUUCAGCCUUUGCCAUCGUCUCUUCUUCGGGCGCCUCAGCGUCUUCUAACGCCGCCAGCGGUACCACUUCUUCCAUUGUGGGGGGUGGUGGCGGUGGAGGCAGCGGUGUUGGAGGCGGCGAGGCACGCAUCUCAGGAAAUCGUCUCAUCCUACCCCUCCUUUUGGUCCCCUAA